GAGAGAUUUUGUAUAGAAAAUAUGCAAAUAAGCCACAGCUCCCUAACACCUUGACACACCCAAAACCAAGGCAAAAAUAGAAAAAGAAAAUCCAACAAAUUCUUGGAAAUAGAUCUCUCUUAGCCCUUUGCCCUUUUCAAUUCUUUAGCUUUGAUCAGUUUCAGUUUCACUGCUUUCCACUAGCUUCUCUCUCUUUCUGAGCUAACUUUUCAAGAGAGUUGAAAUUUUCUAAAUUUGCUUUCUUUCUCUUGUUAUUCCAUCUUUGAAUCAUCCCUAGUCAAGAUCAUUAGCCAAAACAAGAUCCAAACCCAGUUUUCUAUUGCUUUAUAAUCUUCUGUUUGUUAGUUGAAAAACUUCAAAGAGCAUGGCUAAUCGAUGGUGGGCAGCGCAAGUAGGAUCACUACAAGGAAUGGAAACAUCAGCUACUUCAUCAUCUCUGAUGAACAAACCAGAUCUGGGUAUAUCCGUGACAAACAAUGGAGAAACAGGAAGUGGAGGAACUGGUGGAGAAGAAGAAGAAGAAGAAAAAGAACAUAGCGAUGAGCCUAGAGAAGGAGCUAUAGAAGUUUCCACUCGUCGUCCUAGAGGUCGUCCACCAGGCUCCAAAAACAAGCCCAAACCACCCAUUUUUGUCACUAGAGAUGGCCCUAAUUCACUAAGAAGUCACGUUAUGGAAAUAUCUAAUGGUUCUGAUGUAGCUGAAACCCUAGCUCAGUUUGCUAGAAGAAGGCAAAAAGGGGUUUGUGUUCUUAGUGGAAGUGGAACUGUCACUAACGUCACACUCAGGCAACCUUCUGCUCCUGGUGCAGUCAUGGCUCUUCAUGGUAGGUUUGAAAUUUUGUCUUUAACUGGUGCUUUUAUGCCUGGACCAGCUCCUCCAGGGUCAACUGGGUUAACAAUAUACCUAGCGGGUGGGCAAGGGCAGGUGGUUGGAGGUAGCGUAGUAGGGUCACUGGUGGCAUCAGGGCCUGUUAUGGUAAUGGCAGCAACUUUUUCUAAUGCUACUUUUGAAAGGUUGCCUUUGGAGGAGGAAGAAGAGGGAGCUGGUGGGCCUCAAGGGCAGCUUGGUGGUGGUGGGAGUGGCGGGUCGCCACCAGGGAUUGGCAGUGGCAGUGGAGGUCAUCAUCAAGGUGGGAUAGGUGGUGGUGGUGGUGGUGAUGGUUCAGGAUUGCCAAUUUACAACGAUUUGCAACCAAAUUUGGUUCCUAAUAGUGGACAGUUAAACCAUGAGGCUUAUGCUUGGGCACAUGGUGGAAGGCCCCCAUACCAGUAAAGAGAAAGUAGAAUAGAAAAUGCUUGUGAGAGGAAAGGGAUUAUCUUCAUCAGGUAUCUAAUUUCUAUUGAGCUGUUCUGAUGGGAGAGAGAUAUAUAUAAAUAUUAAAGAAAGAAAAGCUGGGACCAAUAUUUUGUAAAUUUUACAACAAACCAGACAUGCUUUCACUUGCAUUUG